AUGCAUAGGCCCAGCACCCAACACGACACCUUUUACCACUUCUGUUUAGCGCUUCGCCUGAAUCGUCCGACUCUUUACAUUCCCAGGGACUCUUUAUAUUCUCAAUCGGAGCUUGGAGCAUUCAAGGUGUUCACUCCCACCGCCAUCAGUAUGGGGACCGCAGCGGCCGACGCGAUGAGGCGGCCAAGGCCCAAGAGAGUAAAACGCCGGGUCGACGCCACCAUUGACCACCUCGCCCAGUACGGCUUCGCCGAGCCCCAAAUCCGCAACAUCAUCAACAACCUCCUGCAGGUGCGCCCUCAUCAUAUGUUGUAUGUUUCAAUUGCUAAUUUGGAUCUGGGAUAUUACCUGAAUAAACAACCUACAUGA